AUGUCGCCGGGUCUCUCCCUCUCCUCUCCCACACCGCAGCUAUCCCCCUCCUCCUCGGGAUCUCCGCCGCCUUCCCCUCGUUUUCUGGCGCCGGCCACCUCCACCACGCCACUUGGCAGCUCCCCAUUGGCCAGCCGCCACCGCGCCACCGCCCUCCUCCACUCCCUGCUCGCCAGCUGUCCUCCCCACGCCUCCCAGCCGCGCGGCCCGCCCAGGCCCGCGCGGAACCCGCCAAGCCCAUCCGGGCCCGGAGCCGCCGCGUCCCGCCCGAACCUCCUGUGCCUGAGCGCCACCCCGCGCCUUGACUCCCCGAGGCCCCUCGCCGGAGCUCCUCUCCCUGUCCUCACCGGCGGCCUCGCCGCAACUGCCGCCGGCGACCACAAGUGCCGCGACCCCGCGCCCGUCCUCGCCCGCGGGCCGCUCGGAUCUGCCCUAGCCUCCCCUAACCCCCAGCCGCAGCUAUCCCCCUCCUCCUCGGGAUCUCCGCCGCCUUCCCCUCGUUUUCUGGCGCCGGCCACCUCCACCGCACCAUUUGGCAGCUCCCCAUUGGCCAGCCGCCACCGCGCCACCGCCCUCCUCCACUCCCUGCUCGCCAGCUGUCCUCCCCGCGCCUCCCAGCCGCGCGGCCCGCCCAGGCCCGGAGCCGCCGCGUCCCGCCCGAACCUCCUGUGCCUGAGCGCCGCCCCGCGCCUUGACUCCCCGAGGCCCCUCGCCGGAGCUCCUCUCCCUGUCCUCACCGGCGGCCUCGCCGCAACCGCCGCCGGCGACCACCAGUGCCGCGACCCCGCGCCCGUCCUCGCCUGCGGGCCGCUCGGAUCUGAUACAUUACAUCAUACAUCGAACAGUUGUCUUGUGCCAACCAAGGAAGAAGUCAUGGAACCAUCAGCAUCUACUGGUCAGAGAGUCAAACUGAAGGGGGACAAGACCGUAACCCGUGCUAUUCAAUUGGUAAUGACGAUGUCAGGGACGUCUUCAGCAAUGACGAUUGGGGAGAGGAACAAGAAGUUCAGGGUGAGCCGUGCUAUGGCGUGGAUAGUGGUUGUUUGCAUACCGUCUAUUUUCAUUGCCAUCACAGCAGGUUCGGCCUACAGGAUGUUUAACAACCCCAUCAGGGCCGCCGGAUUCCCAUGGCGGCUGCCGGUUGUCGUGCUGUUGGGCGGCUACCUCGCAGUGGUUUUUGGGAAGCUACCACCCGACUGCUCGCUGCUCGUCUACUUCCUCUACUUCCGCGUCAUCUUCAUCGUUACCAUGUCGCAGUCGGACGCGGACCGUCUCGCUGCCGAGAAACUUGAAGCCGACAAGAAGGCCGCUGAGGACGCUGUUGCCGCCGCCACCGCCGCGGCCUCCGCAUGGCCUACUGGAAGUAUGCAUUUAUUCGUGUCAAUGCCAUGCUAG